UUGAUAAUAUUAGAAGACGCACUCUUUCAAACAGAUUAAUAGCAUAGAGAUCUAAUAUUUGUUUUGUUUAAUCGAUUGUGUUUUUACAACUUUAAAGCUGGCUCUAAAUUUAGAAAGUUAAAUGGCGGAAUGACAACAAUACAAACCCUUUUGUUUUUAAUUCGCUAUUUUAUCCGUCAUGAGAAAAAGAAGCUCCAAAUCGUCAAAUUAUUGCCCAUAAGUCCAGUGAGCAGGCGUCUGCCCAGGAUGGAUGAUCCUGAAGUAACAUUACAAGAACAGAUGUUUCAUAAUGCUGUCCGAGAGCACAUUAUUUCGUCCCUGCUGUUUAUACUUCUGUACUUAAUCUCCUAUGUGACGUUGUCUCAGUUCCGAAAGCAAGCUAGCAAUGAGGAUAUGUAUGCAGGUGAAGAGGAUGCGAAUGUGUACAGAUUCUCACUGUGGAUGUGCACUGCCACGCUGUCAGUGUCAGUGGGUGCGGCACUGCUGCUCCCCAUCUCUAUUGUCAGUAACGAGGUGGUCCUGCUCUACCCUGACAGCUAUUACAUAAAGUGGUUGGACUCCUCACUAAUACAGGGUUUGUGGAACCAUGUGUUUUUCUUCUCCAACCUGGCCCUGUUUUUCUUGAUGCCGUUUGCCUAUCUGUUCACCGAAUCUGAAGGCUUCUCCGGCUCCAGAAAGGGUCUGAUGGCUCGUGUCCAUGAAGCAGUUCUGGUUCUGUUCUUGGUCUGCAUCCUGGUGUCGGGCUUGGUCUACGUGGCGUCUGCCAUCAUCAGCGAUGACGAGAGGAGCAAACAGACGCUCUUUGACGUCUGGCACGACCACCUGCCCUACAUGUACUCCUGUAUCUCCUUCCUCGGUGUCUGCAUAUUGUUAUUGUGUACACCUGUUGGUGUUGCUCGUAUGUUCACAGUCAUGGAUCAGCUCAUUGUCAAGCCACAGUUUUUGCGAGACAUCGAAGAAAAACUCAGUAAAUUACAUUUUGAGGAGGAAAAUUUGCUCAGAAAAAUUACUUACAGAAAUGGUCCGUCCCAGAUCUCCAAUGGCCACGCCAGCCUGGAGUCUUUGAUACAGAGUUUAGAACAGAAACGCUCAGAGAAGAAGGAGUUAGAGAAGCGUCAGCACAUAUCAUUUUGGAGGCGGCAUCUUUGUUACCCUCUUGUUAUGUUGUUGUUAUUCGUCAUUACAGUAUCAGCAUUUUUCAUCGUCCUACAGAACACAUUUCUCCUGCUGGUGGGCACCAAAGCUUUGCCGCAGGUUGCUACAGACAUAGGCUUGGGGAUGACUUCCCUGUCCUCUUUUGGCUCUGUCGGAGCCGCCCUACAAAUUGUUGUGAUUUUAUACCUGAUGGUUGCGUCUGUGGUAGGCUUCUACACGUUGCCCUACCUGUGGCAGCUGCAGCCACGGCACAAGGACACGCCCAUGGUCAAGAUCAUCACCAACUGCGGCGUCAUCCUGCUGCUUAGCUCCGCACUUCCUGUCUUGUCCAAGACAUUGGGCAUCACCAACUUUGACCUGGUGGGUAACUUUGGCAGCAUGGACUGGCUGGGCAACUUUUACAUCAUCCUGUCCUGUAACAUGAUCUUCGCCGUCUCCACCGCCCUGUGCCUCAUCAAGAAGUUCACCAUGCCCGCCUGGCGGGAGAUGGCCGACCUACUCCGGUCUGCCUUCCGAUUGGGGAAAAAAUUGACUGUUCCGACGUCAGGGACGAUUCCAGCAUCUGCUGAUAACGGGUUGGGUGGGGUGAAUCCUGCUCAGGGACUGGUUGGCCUGAAGGAGGAGUGAACUCAAGCGAGAUCUUUAUUGGGGGGACAGGAGAGGUUUUACCUCGUGGAGAAGGGCUUUUCUAAGGAAAACUGAACGAAUUGUGAAAGAAUAACAAGGAAAACUUUAAAUAAGAAACCCAGAAAGACAACAAAUAGGAAAAAACAAAA